AUCUGUUUGCAAAUGUUCAGUGUAAUGGUUUGAAACCCAGCCGUGGAGCUGCUGCCGCCCACACGCAGAGCUGCGUGCCACUGAGCUCUCGCAGGCAAAGCCACCUCGCCAGCGUCGGCCAUUACCCCCGAGCCCACACCAGGGCAGGCUGCUACCACCCCCCGGGGUCCCCUGCUCCCCACCGCCCCUGCACCCCGACACCCACCGCCCUCCACACACACAGUUCUGCUUUUUUUAACUCUCCAGCACUCGAUUUUCUCUAGAGGAGACAUAAAAAGAAGGCAGAGAUGGGACGAGCAGGGAGAAAGCUCCUGCCUCACCGGAGCCACCAGGAGAGCGCGGCAGCCGCCCCCUGCCUGGGGAGUGACCACUCAAAGGUUGCCUGACCUCUUGGGCUGUGCAGAUGAUGUGGAAUGGAGGCUCCAGAACCCACCUGCCCUGCUCCAGCUGCCAGGGACCAGACAGUUCCUACCCCUGGCCCUCUGGGGGCCCCAAGUGGGCAGGCCUCUCCUCGUCUGACCCUGGGGCCCAUCAUCCUGCCUUCAGAGCAGGGCCUGCCCCCUACCAUGAUCCUGAAAGCUUUGCCCAUCCCGCUGUACCAUACAGUGCCUCCUGGGGGCCUCCAGCCACGUGCCCCGCUGGUGACAGGCAGCCUGGAUGGGGGCAGUGUGCCCUUCAUCCUCAGUCCCCUGCUGCAGCCUGAAGGGCCUGGGCCCACCCAGGUGGGCAAGCCAGCCACCCCAGCCCUGACAGUGAACAUUGUGGGCACCCUGCCUGUCCUGUCCCCGGGUCUGGGGCCCACUCUGGGCAGCCCAGGCAAGGUUCGGAAUGCUGGCAGGUACCUGUGCCCACACUGUGGCCGGGACUGCCUGAAGCCCAGUGUUUUGGAGAAGCACAUCCGGUCCCACACAGGGGAGAGGCCCUUUCCCUGUGUCACCUGUGGCAUUGCCUUUAAGACCCAGAGCAAUCUGUAUAAGCACAGGAGGACACAGACGCAUCUCAAUAACUCCCGGCUGUCCUUGGAGUCUGAGGCGGGCGGGAGCAGCGUGUUGGAGGAUGGGGACAGGGCUGAAGAGCCCUCUGCAGCAGAGAGUAGGCAGGAAAGCUGGAACCAGAGAGCGGGUGAUGCAGCACCAGGAAGGCCUCUUUCCCCAGGUGCCCAUCUGUCCCUUGGGGUCAAGAACCCAGAUGUGAAGGCAGAAUCUGCUCCCCGCCUAGGGUCCACACCUGCUCACAGAGAAGCCCCUACAGACUCCUCCCAGAUGGUGUCACCUGGGCUCCCGCUGGCCAGCAUGCAGCCCUGGAGGAAGCUUCUAGAACCAAAGCCAUGCUCCCUGCAGCGGCAGCAGGAGGUGUCCGGGGAGAAGCCCUGGGACGCCAAGGCCUCCGAGGGCCGGCUGAGGAAGUGCGAGAGCACCGACUCAGGCUACUUGUCCCGCUCAGAUAGCGUGGAGCAGCCACCGCUGCCCUCCAGCCCCCUGCACAGCCUGUCGGAGCACAGUGCAGAGUCCGAGGGGGAGGGAGGCCCGGGCCCGGGGCCUGGGCACAGCAGGGCCGAGCCCCCUGCAUCAGGGGCCAGCUUGGAGCUGGAGAAGAAACGGCUGGAGGAGCGCAUUGCCCGGCUCAUCUCUCACAACCAGGCCGUGGUGGAUGACCCCCAGCUGGACCACGUGAGACCCCGCAAGACCGUCCUGUCCAAGCAGGGCAGCAUUGACCUGCCCAUGCCCUACACCUACAAGGACUCCUUCCACUUUGACAUCCGGGCACUGGAGCCUGGCCGCAGGAGGGCUGCCCUCGGCCCUGCCUCCUCUACCUUCUCGGCUCCGGACAAGUCGAGGCCCCUCUUCUUCCACUCCGUGCCCACUCAGCUCUCCGCCACUGUGGAAUAUGUUCCUGUCACCAGGAGCAACUCGCUGCCUUUUGUUGAGGCCUCUAGCACGUGGCCAGAGCCCCGAGACCUGCAGGACACCUGCCCCAGGAUGCAGCAGCCGCUGAGUCCCAGGCUGGCCCCAGUCCGACUGAGUGACCACUCCAGGCUGACCUUGGUAGACAUCCCCAGCGGCCACCCCCGGGCCCUGGUGAGACAGGCUGCUGUGGAGGACAUGCCCUGUACCUCCACUGGAGAGCCCAUGGCCCCCGCAGAGGACCUGGGUGGCAAGACAGUCGCCUCAGGGGAAGGAGUACCCUGCAGGGCCAGAGUGGCCAGGAGGAAGUGCGGCCAGAGGAAGCCGAAGAUGUUCUCCCAGGAGAAGUGGCAGGUGUACGGCCAUGAGACGUUCAAGAGAAUCUACCAGAAAACGAAAGCCAGCCAUCAAGGAGUGCAAAAAGCCAGGGAUGGGCAAGCAGUCCAUGGGACGGAGCUGGACCCUCCUCCACAGAAAGAGGCAGCAGGGUCCAGGGGUGCAGCCCCGUCUCAUGACAGUGGGACAGCCAUGCUUGGGGACGUUUCUAUAGAGGCCAAGCCAGGGUCCCGGGGGAGUCUGCCAGCUCCGGAGGGCUCCUUAGAGACUGAGUCCCCUACACAGGGGAGGACAGUGGCCGGAGCAGGAGGCAGCGACCAGCUCAGGAUGGCCAGGGCUGGGUCAUCCCCCACCCUUGGCAGCAGAGACAGCCCUGGUUCAGGCAACAGGAGCCCUCUAGUUCCUCCAACUGGGCAGCCAGAACCGAGGUGGCAGCCGCCCUCUGUACCUGGGUUCCUCCAUGAAGGCGACCUGGGAGCUCCUGGGCCAGCUGUGUCAGACCUCCAGCCUGAAGGGGGGGCUCUUGGGGGUGGGGGUGUAGUAGAGACGUGCCCACGGGCUCCAGCCAUCCUGAGAAGGCCUGGGGGUGGCUCUGGGGAGUCCUGGCCAGCAGAGGACAAACUCCCCUCAGAAAGGAAGAAGCUGAAGGUGGAGGGGAUGAGCCCCCAGAAGCAGCUGGGGCCUCUGGGAGCAGACACUCCAGGCGGCUCUGCCCAGUGUGCCUUUGUGACCUCCCAGAGACGGGACAGUGACCCGGGGGAGACAGCAGGGCUGCCCCGGGAAAAUGCCGAAAGGGUGGCCGAUCACUUGGCAUCCUCUGGCACCUUCUCCGCUGCCCCCGGGCAGCAUUCCCAGCUGGCCACCCAGCCUCAGGCUCCUGGCGCCUUCUCGCCUACGGCAGACAGCAGCUUUCUUCCCAAGUACCUCCUCAGGUUACCUCAGGGAGCCGUCCCCUCCCUGCUGUCUGUGCCCCUGGUGUCCACGCAAGGCCAGCACUCUCUCUGCACAGCUGGGCCACCCAAGACUCCCUGGUCUCCUAGCCCAGCCCCAGACCCGGUCCCCAGUGAGGUACACAGCAGCCUGGAAGAGCCCAGCUGCUCCAGGGCGAGGGAUGGAAAGAACGAGAGGCCAGCAGGAAGAGAAAAGCAGGGAGAGGAGAGCGGCGCCCAAGUGCCAGCAUCCAGGGUGUCUCCAGGCUCAGCCACAGGGGCCCCUCAGGGGACGGACUCCCUCAUAGUCCAAGGCAGUGGGGGUCAGACCUAUGCCACCUGUCACCCCUGCACAGGCAGCACAUCAAGAACGGCUAUAACCUCUGGGGGUGCCCUGAAGUCCCAGGCAUGCAUCGGGGAGCUUCAGGGGCCUCCUGAGAAUGCUCCAGAAGACCAUCCCUCAAAGCUCAAUCCCUACGGCUCCAUCCAGCCUGUCUCCUUCCUCAAGGCCCUCACAAGGCCACAGCCCUUGUCCUCGAGCCAGUCAGAACUGUCUCUGUCACCUGAUUUAGGGACUCCCAGGAGCUGUGGGGCCCAAAGUCGCUUCCCCUCGCUGAAGGCUGAGCCCCAGCUCACGUGGUGUUGCCUGAGACGCAGCCUGCCCCUGCCCCAGGAGCAGAAGGAGAAGGCUGCUUCCGUGUACUCUGCUCUGCACUUCCCUGGCGGCAGACUCCGGGAUGGAGGUCCUGAUACCCGGACCCUGCACAGUGGCGGCCAUACCAGCGUGGGCCCUGGAGGAGCUGGAGGAGGAGGAGCAGAAGGAGAAGGAAGGCCGGCACAGACGUCCCAGCUCUCCUGCCUGGCAGUCUCGAGAAUGAGGUCCCAGGACCGGACGUUGGACCCAGAACAGAAGAAAGGCCUGCCUCGCAGGAGGGCAAGGAUGACCCGAGGGAACGGCAGGCAGAAAAAACUGAGGAUCAGUCCCAAAAGGUGCGAAGGGAAUUUCUGGCAGAGCCGAGUUCAGCUGAGAGCCAGCAGAUUACGCAAGCCACCCUGGGGACCAAGAAGAAGCUGCCCCCCACCCCCACUUGGACCGCGAUCACCGGAAGUGGCAGGUCUCAGUCUACAAGGAGCGCCUGCUUGUGUCACCUCGCCAUUGUCUCCUGUGUGUGGGGAUGCAGAGAAGGAAGAUGCCCGCAGACCAACCUCAGAAAUGGUCUCUUCUGUGACGGGUUCAAGGGCCAGCAGGGAAACAGAUAAAUUAGCCAGCAAGGAGAUUUCUCCAUCUGUGGGUGAGCCCAAUGACUGCUCUACUCAGGAGGACAUUGUCACGCUGCUGGAAUCAUCGCUGCAGUCUGAUGCCCGCUUGGCAGUGCCCGAGGAGGACUCUUUGCCCCCUGGCCAAGGUCUCGCUGUUGGAUUGCUGGAGACUCAGCAGCUGCCGUCGCAGGACCAGGUCUCCAAAGACCCCAUGUCGUGCACUUUCUCAGAUGCUCAAGAGCCUCCUCCUGGACCCAAAGAACCUUCGGCCUGCCACGCCGUGGAUACCCCGCCAGCUGCCAUCUGUAUUUCUCUAGGGGUAAGAGCAAGUCACACCAGGCCGGGAGUUCACAGUUUGGAGCCACGUGACCACAGCCGGGUCACAGGAGGGUCUCUAGCACAAAGCUCCCCGCAUAGAAGGCUCAUAGAAGAGAGCACAUCACAGACACUCUUGCCGGAGAAACCUUCAUCUGGACAAACUGUUUCAGGUUUGGCUCCGUUGGACUCCACUGGAAAAACUCAUCUUGAAAUGUCAAGUUCAGUGAGCUCCUACCAAGAGGAAGGGAAGGCUUUUCCUGCUAGGGGCCAGUAUGGGUGUGGGGACACGGCCGUCCCCUCCCCUGCUGCAGGAAAUCACAGUGAGGAAAGCCACAUGUCUGGAUUCAUCACUGCAAAGGGUUGUGUGGUCCCUUCUAAACCCGGGAAGCCUUCAGAAGUCCCUGAAGCUCCUUUGAAAUCCAUCAGGAAGAGGAGUUUGGAGGGGAUGAGGAAGCAGACGCGCGUGGAGCUGAGUGACACCAGCAGCGAUGAUGAAGACCGACUGGUCAUAGAAAUCUGACCCUCCGGAGAAAGGUGGCGUCCACGACCUGCGACUAUCAGCGCUUCUCAAUCAGGAGUCAUUGUGCUGGUAGAUUCUCUGAACUCUAUUUAUCAGACACCUAUCAGUCCGAAAGCCAUUCCGUAUUCCUUCAAAGCCAACUCCAGCCAACUCCAAACCUCCGGUUGGGCCACACCCUUUCCCAGCUCCUCCGGUCCUGAUCGCCUUUAGGACACUCAGUAGGACAAAGGCAGCCCAUGAAGCACACCCAGCGAAGGCCCACUGUGCACAGUGACCAGGCCUUGACUCACGGCAUCAGCCCCGCCUGCUUCACUCUGGUAGAACGGCAUUAGCUGCGAGGCCCACCGCGGUACAUCUACUGGCAAGUGGACUCCGCCAAGCCAGUGCCACCCACUUCUCCCUUAGUGAGCUGAAGGUUUGCUUCAAGAUGGGAAGCAUGCUUGGGAUGACUGGGGUGGCUUGAAAGAAAGACUGCGUGUGAACUGAGCAUCAAGGUCCUUCUGUUCCUUUGGGAGACAAAAUUCAGAGUCCUGCACAAACCGCUUCGGUGGUUUCUCAGGAAAAUGUCCUCCUGGUGGAAGCUGUAAAUACAUCUCCAAAUGCCUAUGAUCUGGUUGAUGUUUUUUAAGUGUUGCACAAAUGACCAAUGCUCGUGUCUGGUCCAAUAACCCAAGCACGUACUGCUUUUGUACCUGGUGCUUUUUCUGUGAGACCCCUAAGACUCUUUUUUUUUUUUUUUUUUUUUAGCUCUUGCAAAAGAACGUUGUGUUAAAAGUCAAUAGAACAAUCUGUCAUGAGUCACUUUUUGAGGGGGAAAAAUUCACUUAUUUUUCUCUGAUUCUUUUUGUCAUAUUGUGCUCUGAGCAAUUUCAAUUAGAGGGUUACAUUUUGGUAAUCUGUGCGGCUUGAAUUGAUGCCUUCUCCUCAUGACGGGAGCCUUUCAGAUUUCCUCCAGAAGCUUCAAGGAUACAAAACUAAUUGGAGUUUUGACGCUGUUUUACAUCUCGGUAAUUUUAUUUUGGGGGCUUGGUGUUACUUUGCUGUCAAAUUAAAUCAGCCUCUGUAUCGUGCAAAUCGGAACAGCGAGGAUAAAAUUCCCCAGUAUUCCAAGCCAGGGCACCCUGGGCUGAGAAAAAUAGCAGACCGACCUCAGUCAGCCCACAAGGCUGAGCCCCGAGUUUCCUGCCUUCCCUCCCUCUCCUUAAAUGGGAAAGGAAAAACUUAAAGAGGUUUACACUGAUGCAUUUCAAUAUGAUUUUAUACUUGCUUUUGUUAUGAUUUUGUACAAUUUGAAAUUUGUAGCCAAGCUCUUUUGGCUUAACUUUGAUGUAAUAAUCGUUCACACUAUUUCUUGUACUUCCAAGGCAAGGAACAAUGCACAGCAUCUCAGACCUCUGAAUACACUUCAGUGAGUCCUUGCCGUGACUAAGUAGGGUUCAACUUCAAUAUCUUCAUUCGUGCUCGCCAGUUUGGGUGUUAUUCAUAGAAAAUUUCAAUGCAACGCCACGUUCUCCUGAUUAUUUAGCGUAGGUCUGUGGUUAUUUCAUAUGCACUCAUAGAAAUCUUAAUGAUUACAAGCCCAGGUAACAAUGGCAUUAAAAGGGAGGUGAAAAGCACAUUAGACAUAAGCUUAGUACACUUUAAAACCAAACAAAAGCAAUGCGGGGAUUCUUUAUCCUUUGAAUGAUCUAUGCCCCUGUGAUGAGAAGGGCAGGGUAGGGAGCAGCCUACCUCGGGGGAGGUAGAUGAAAUCAGGGCUGUCUCUUUAGCUGGAAAAUCAGGGAUUGUUGUCCUUGUACCCCAGAUUCCUUAAAUAAGAAAGAAUUGAACAUGAUGAGGUGAAUGAAAGUCUCGACAGGCUCUGAUCCUGGCGAGAGCUAAUGACAGACAAGGUACCUUUCCAUUCCAACAUAAGUUCUCUGGCUUGGAGAUGGAGCCCAAGGAAAACCAUUGUCCCACGGUAUCUCAUGGGAGGAAUCGGGGUGGGAUUGUGAGGAACUGAGACUUUCAUCAGUUUUGCUAUGCAGAAUUCGAGCUUAGUGAAACUCCAUCUAAGGCUUCUUCAGAGUCCCAGGCUUUAGGGAGCAAUCAUACAGCUUACAAAUGUUGGCUCAUAAUUCAGAAAAUUAAGAAGCAAAUCCAGAACACUAAUCAUGAAUGGAAGACAACGUAAGUUGAAUCAGCUACUUUUUCUUGGGAGAUGCUGAUCAGGGGUAGAAAACCAUCUUCCGGUUCCUUCUGUUCCAAAUUGUGCAUUGAAUCCAAAUCAGUAAGUCACAGCCCUAAGGAACUCUGACUUCAGGAUAGCCAUAAAAAUACUGUCCUCCUAUGAGCCACAUGGCUGGCUGCCCCAGCCUAACCCUGAACCAAUAUGGCAGAAUGUGGAUUUCCAUCUCCUUAACAACCCCAGUUGCUUACAAAGGUAGGCAGUUUGCUGCCUUCCUGGUCAUAUAGCUACCGUGUGACGAUGUUCCCAAGAUUUGUAAAAAACUAUAUUUCAGUGGACUUUUCAAAAAAUAAUUGACCCUAGGGGAGCUGGCUGUAGAAGAUAUUCUAAUCACCUCUCACUUUUUUUUUAAAAAAAAAAACAGGAUCUUGCUAAAUUGCCCAGGGGUGCACUUGAAUUCACAACCCUCCAGCAGUCUCAACCUCCCUGGAAGCUGGGAUUAAUGGAGAAUUCGUCCAUAAAGCAAUAAUCUCUGAUUUAUAUAAACCUGAUUUUCCUAUGGGUUUUCUUAAAGUGAAAUACAAUUAUUGAAAUGCAUUUGAAGGGUAACACCAGCAACCCUUAACCCAAUUUGAGUUAUGGAAAAUAAGAUUUCAGUCUUAUCAAUUGAUAAUUACUGCAAAUUUUACCUCCUACAAGUACAUCCUGCAUGAUGAUUAAGAGAAAAGAAAUUUUAUUUAAGAACAAGGCAAGCCGGAGGUUGAAGACUAGAGAGUUCUUCUCUUCCCUAUGCUGUUUAUUUUCUUGUGUUUCAGCUAAGGGUCUGAACUUACUGGUUCUCAGUUCCUCCAUGGAGCGUGGCCCCCGGGAUGUGGGCAGAGUUUGAGUGAAGGACCCUUUGCAUUCUUUGGCCUGCUCCAGGGCACUGGUCCAUCUCGCUAAUUCUAUCUGUGACUGGUCUCAUCUCACUUCUAAAGAUGUGGGGAGGAAAGCAGUGUCACUUCCUCCCAUAGAAACAUAAACCCUGAACUGACCCUUAAAGCCAUGCAGGUUUUGGUGGAUGACCUGAAUCCGCCUUGUUUUAAGCGUGAUGAAGAACAGCUCGUCCUUCCUAUUAGACAUAAGCUUUGGGGUUCUAGAUAAAACCAAUAUUCUUUUGGUUCAUAUAGCAACCAGGAGAAACUGUGACUCCCUUGCCAAGUGAUCCAAAGAAUAGGGCGGGAUGUUGCUGAGUUCACAUGAAACCGUGGCCGUAGCUUGGUGAAUAACCACUUCCAUUUCCAAGCUGAGUUUGGAAGAUGGGGCUUGCAAAGUGCAUUGUGACCACAGUUCUUGGCUUGAAACAUAAAUGAUUUGCAAUCUCAUGCCACAAAGCAUCUCCUUGCAUUUCCAUUCAUUGCUUAGAAUGGUCACCUUAUUCAUUAUUUCCCCGGUAUGGAAAUUUGCAUUUCACACGAAGUUUUCCUGGUGCGGCAGGUUUUUAUAGCCGUGGAAGCUGUCAUCACUGUGGGACUGUGCUGCUGCUCAACUUGCCAGACAUAAUUUAACAUGGGGAGGAGAAAACGGCCUGCCAGUUGGCUCUAUGGGCGAUCGUAUCCCCACUACAGCAAGCAGGGCUGGGGUGUUUUUCUUCUCUCCAAUUGUUAGUCCCAUGGGUCACGUGGGAGAGACACUUGGCUUUUGAAACACUACAUUUCUCCAUCUUUAAGCUCAAUUUCUUGCCCUUAUCUUUCAGAAUUCAUUAAAUAUUGGUGUCAGGAUAGAGAAAAUCUGGUGUGCUAGAUUUCUACCUUGUAUGAUUCUUUUCAACCGUGCUUUAUGUAUUUGGGAAUAUAUAUAGUUCUAGCUUCAUCAUUGGAAGAAAUAGAGACAGGGAAAAUCGUUAGCUGUUGUCACUUGGAGCUCUUGAGGGCAGUCAACCAUCAAGAUUUGCGACUCUACUGCUGGUUCAUAAUCAGGGGAAGCAAUUGGCUUCUUGGUUGUUUGUUGAAAUUUACUUCUUUAUGUGGUUACACUAUUUUAUUUUGAUAAAAAUAAAACUUAAAAUAAAAA